GUAUGUGCUAGUUGUGCUCUUGGUCGUAAAGAUAACGACGUCUGGGUUUGUCAACCAAGAACGAGACAAGGAACUUUGAAUGUAAUUUAUUCAAUUGAAAUGAAAAUAAGGAUAAGAAUACAGGAAUAGCUUAUGAUUUAAGUGUCUUCAACAGAUACAAGUUGGUCUUCAUUGGUAUAUUAUGGCUUGUUUUGUUCCAUCACUUGGAUUCAUCGUUCUGUUGGGUUUUGUGACCACCUCAGCAGCCUACAGAGACACUUGUGACCUCUACGCCACUGUGGGACAGAAUCUAACUCUACCUUUUGUUUAUGAGAGACUGGAAAGCAGAGAUAACUUGCAAUGGAUUCACAAUAACAAGUUCAUUUUCAAAAGACACCAGGGCAGAGUGACUUUUGGAAAACCAGAUGACGUUUCUGUGACUGGAUCUCUUUUGCUGAAGACCCUGAAAUCCUCAAGUGCAGGACUAUACCAAGCAGAUGUCUCCUAUCCGAAUGGCACUUUAGCUAAAACAUGGACAGGAUAUCUCUGUUUGAUGGACAAGGUAACGAAGCCUUACCUCAGUUUUGUAUGUGACUAUAAGUCUGGUGUUGUGACUCUAAACUGUCAUGUAGCUAAACCACAGGACGUGAUGUUUUCAUGGACUUUGGAUGAAAGGCCAUUUAGUGAAACCAGAUCAACAGGGAGCAUAACUCUGUCACUCUUCAAAGAGUGGGGGGGCUUUACAUGUGCUGCAGCAAACAAAGUCAGUAAGGAGAAGAGUGACAUUGUCCGUCCAAUGUGUAAGAAGCCGUCACCAUCACCCCCUCCAUUGCUAUGUUUUACUUCUAAAGCUGUGGUGGCUGUGCUAGCAGGAGGAGUAAGUGUGAUUCUGCUUCUGCUCUUCAUUAUCAUCAUCACACUGUGCUGCUGCUACAGACGCAACAAAACCACCAAAAGCAAGGGGACGGGGCAGCUCAGGAUGCUUUCCCUGACCCCGCGAUCUGCCGACCCCGUCAGCUCAGACUACGAGACGAUGCAUGCGAGUGAACCUUCUCCACUUCCGAGCCCCACGUCUUCACCGGGACCCACUUACCAGAAUGUUUCUCCUCCUGAAUCCCAGACCGAAAACAGACCUGCACACCUAUCCACACCCGCUGUUGGACAACAACCUUCACCUGUACCCAAACCGAGGACAAAGAGACCCCUAACACCAGAUGUCUGAAAUAUCGGAGGGAAACAUACAAAAAGGCUUAAAAAGGUUUAAUGGCGUACAGCUGAACCAGAAUCAUGUGGGUUAUAGGAGAAUAAAUCUGGACUUAAGGACCAGGAAGAUGUUCAUUCUGAUCUUUAAAUGUUACUCAAAAUCUUGUAGUUUUUUUUCUUUCAUUAUCCUUUAACCCAAAGAACCAGGGUAUUGGAAUUGGUCAUGUCUGUGUGUAACCAAUGUAAUACACAACCUGAAACACUGAUCAUUAUAAAACUUGGUAUGUAUAUUGACAGAGUUAAUAUCUAGAAGUGAUGAUAUUUUGAUGCAUUUAAUGUUACGAAUUUACAAAACUGAGAGACUGUAAGAGAUGGGUAUAUUUCUCCUGUAGGUUCGUUUAACUACAGGAUAGUUUACCUUUAUUCUUGUAAAUAUUAAGUAAUAACUUUACAUCACAACAACAAAAACACAGCUAUUUUUUUGCAAUAUUUGACUUUCCUCUAUGACUGAGUGAGUACAGUCUUCAUGUGUUUCAGAACUGCAAUUUAAUUUAGCACAUUUGUGUAUAUUUGCAUGUAAUUACUACUAAUUAAUCACAAGUUAUGUGGGUUUUCUUUCU